GCUAACGCUAAUUUCACAUUCGUUCGUGUUUCUAUAGCACUACCUUUCUCUCCCAGCCUAUUUGGUUCCUGGCUAAGUGCCUAUUGGCACCGGGUACUCGAGUAAAAAGCUGGGCUGAAAACUUAAAUGGUUAAAAAAACGAAGGCGAACAAUGAAUGCUACAUAGGUAAACUAGUACACAGUUUGCUGCUGUUGGUGGUUCCGAAGCCACUUGUGAAUCCACCCAUCGUUCGUGUAUUUCGUGUUCGACUAUCGCGGUGUCAGUUGUUGAUAGCGGACACACGGACACUUGGAAGCGGAGGGGUUGGGUAAGCUACCACGAAAAACGUGACUCUCACUCGGAUCGGUGGCAGUUCAGUUCUACUUCUACACUCAACCAGAGCCAGCGCCUGAAGCAGCGGCUUUACUCUCACAAGUCAGUCGAUGUUUGGGAGCGCAUUGGAAUGGUUGUGUUUAUUUGAUUGUUGUCGAAUCAGCAGAAGAGGUGAAUUCCCGUACUGUACAGGUGGUUAUUGCUCUCUGCAGAUCAGUGUGCGUGCGUGACAACAGCACAAAGCGAAGGGAAGAAAAUAAAACAAAGGUGGAAGCAAGCAAUUCGAAACGCGUACAGGACAUGCAACCCGCUUGGAACAGGCUGCUGAGGCACGACGGUAAUUCGCAAGAAUACAACAAACUAGCUUGAGGCGUAUGCUGCAGAAUUCGUGACCUGAGAGGAUGUUUCGACGCAAUCAGCCGAUGUCGAGUUCGUCUACGUCAUCCCCGGUAUGUGAUGUGGGCAAUAAAACUGCGGACGGUUCGAGACGCGAUAGCAAGGAUGUAAUGCACAUGGUUUACAUGCCGGUUGAGAUAAAUCAGAUCAAGGAGGAGGUGCCCAAUCAUGACAUACAGGCCGACUCGGAGGUAUCGCUGGAUGCGCACAGUACCCUGGCUCAGGUUUUGGAGGAUUUCUCCAACGAUGAAGCCCCUCACGAACCGGAAAUUGAAAUUAAAACCAGUUCGCGUUCGCUGGUCGAACCGUUCCGGAAGACUACCGGGAAUAACCCACAGAAGAUUAUUCAAAUUCAAAUGAGCAACCUUUCUUAUCUGACGGAUCAGAUGUUUAAACCGGCCCAGGUUAAUUUACUCACCAAGGACAUGCUAGAGCAGAAGAUCACGGAGAAAGAUCCAGAUCUGGUGUACAGGAAGCAUCACAACAACAACAGCACCUGGGCCAGGUACAUGCCGAUGUACUAUAAAGGGGUCAAGCAGAACUAUGUCCGCUGUCUGGAAUGCGGCUGGCUGGUGUUGCACAAGGCGAGCACCGGAACAGGAUCAUUGCUCAGACACAAAUGUAAGAUUAAACUUCCGUCUGGAGUGGAGGUCAAAAUUGAACAACAGCCGGCUUCCAAUCGAAACUUACCGGCCAAAGCGUCGGCGGCAGUGGGACCGACACAGUCGAACGCCGUCAAAUUCCAGACUACCCAAAUGCCGCAGAAUGUGAUCGACGAUUUAGUCCGACAGCAGGCCUGUUUUCUCUAUAAAGAUCUCAGCAGUGUCGACAUGUUCGAUAGUCAAAGCUUUCGAACCUUUGCUCAAAUGUUGGUCAAUAUUGGAGUUUUCUACGGCCAACAGGACAUCGGCUUCCUGGCCGAUCGGGAAAAACUCUUGGAACAUGCCAUUCCCUCAAUUUAUCAGCAGGCAAAAUGCCAGCUGAAUCAAGCACUGCAAGACUGUGAUCUUAGCUAUAGCUUUAGCAGGUUUAGAAACGAAGCUGAACAGAAAACCUACGUCACAAUAAACUCCUACACCAUCGCGGAAGACUACUAUUUCCGUAAAAUCAACGUUAAGACUGUACCCAUGGAUGAAUUGGAAUCAUUCAGGGAUGAAUUUCCAACUAUUGUAACCACAACAUUGGAUAAAGAACAGACUGAACCUCUGAAGUUGGUGUGCGGCUCAGAGCUUGACGGUAUUUGUACUGACGGUUUUGAAGCGAUUCCAUGCGUGGUGACCGCUCUCUGGAAAAUAAUGAAAACCGUCAUGGCCGCAGUCAAGCUCGAUAGUAAACUCUAUCUGGAGAGAACUUUUGUACGAGAUGACAGUGAUGUUGCGGCGGAAGAGGAUUCCAUGUGGAAAAUAAUGGCUCCGUUCAAGGAGCCCAUCAGUAGUCUUAUUUCCGACAGCAAUGUGACCAUCAGCGAGGUGGUCCUGUGGAAGAAAAAACUUGAAAAGUGCUUCCGACUGGAGGAGAAUGACGAUGCAGAAACGAAGACUGUAAAAGAAGCAUUCCAAUCGCAGAUUAGGCAAAGCCUAAAACUACACGAUUAUCAUAAAAUCGCCGUGUUUCUUGAUCCGAAGUUCAAAGGACUUCGAUUUCUCACUGACGAAGAGCGCACAGAGACCCUCGCGAUAGUAAAGCAACAGUUGCAACGUGAUCAGGAUGGCAUCGAGCAGCUCAAAAAACUAUACAGCUGCGGAAAGACGGACAGCAGUGAAAUCCAGAAAGAAACGAAAUUUUACGAGUACAUGGAUGCGUCCCUAGAGGUCGAAUCUGCCGAUGUGGUGGACGACGAAAUCCGGCAGUACGUAAACAUCAAACUGGAAACACCAAUGGACAUCCUGAGUUAUUGGCGCAACGAAAAUGCAUUCCCACUACUAAAGAAGCUUUGCCAGCGUGUACUAAACAUUCCGGCGGCCUGUGACGACAUGAAACAGCUGUUCGGUCGAACCGAGCAGCAGCGUGAUUUUAUGAAAAAACGGGCCGUGCUGCGGCACGAUGAAAUCGACAUGAUGCUGUACUUGAAUCAGAACGGACCGUGAAUAAAAAGACUUGAAAUGUUGUAUUUAUAAGCCGA